AUGCCCGGCCCGUACCGAAAGCAUUUCCUCCCUCUCGAGUCAAAUCCUGAAGUCUUCAACGAGCUGCUGCAUCGCCUCGGCGCGUCGCCCAAGCUCACGUUCCAAGACGUCUUCACACUAGACGAGCCCGAAUUCCUCCCUCGGCCUGCACUAGCUGUGAUCCUCGUCCUCCCCACCACCAAGACCUACGAAGCGAGAAAGACUGCACUCGAGUCCAGCCGUCCCGACUACAAUGGCAGCGGCGAUGGCGAGCUCGUCGUGUGGUUCAGGCAGACCAUCAAUAACGCCUGCGGACUGUACGCAUUGCUUCACGCGCUGAGCAAUGGCUCGGCUUCAAAGUUCAUUGAAUCCGGUUCCAUCCUCGCACGUCUUCUCCAAACCUGCAUCCCUUGCGGCCCUGACCAAAGAUCCCAGGCCCUCGAGAAUUCGCUCGAACUUGAAGAGGCGCACGCAGCCCUGGCGGCGAAAGGAGACUCUCUUGUGCCGGAUAACGCCGAGGACGACGUCGACUUCCAUUACAUAUGCUUCGUGCGGUCCAACGUUGACGGCCACUUAUACGAGCUUGACGGAGAUUGCAAAGGCCCAAUUGACACCGGCAUCGCGCUCAGCGCCGAGGAGGAUGUCCUGAGCCAGCAAGCUCUGGGGCUGAUCAGGGGAUACGUUGAACAAGAGGAAGAAAGCAUUGGCUUCAACAUCAUGGCUCUUGUCCGCACUGCCGGGGUCAGUUGA